AUGAGUGGAUACAUUGGUAGAGAAGAUGUUAUUUGCAUGUUAUUAAAUGCAAAUAAGCAAGAACGAACGGAUCCAGUCUUUAGAACACACUUACGCUUUUUGAUUAGUGUGCUUAAAAAUGCGGAUUUGAAUGGAGACACAAAAAUCAACUUUCAAGGCAAGAAAACUAGGGAAACUUAA